AUGUCUGACGCGGAUUUUGAGACGAUCAAAAAGCUCCAGCAGGAGCGUAAUGCUGCUGCUGCCGCUAAGAAGGGAACACGUUCCUCGACGCAGCGGACAGACUCGACCAAGCAAAAGCUGACUGACAGCGCCGACAACGAACUCUACGACAAUGAUGGUGGUGACAAGUUCUCGGGUUAUCAUACGAGCCUCCCUAUGGGCAACGAUGAUGAUGAGAUGGACGGCGUGGAUAACACGCGACGCCUCGUUGGCCAGUACACAGCGUCUACUGAAAUCAUCAACGAAUUUGCACGAGGUGACGGCGUUGAAGAGGACGAUAUCCUGGCCGGCAAAGGCGAAAAGAGCGGUCGUAUUACUGACCGUGAAACCGAUUACCAAAAGCGCCGCUUCAACCGUGUUCUGACCCCGACCCGCGCCGAUCCAUUUGCCGAGAACCGACAGGCUGGCGCAGCCGAGAAUGGUGCCAAUUACCGCGAGAUCAUGGAAGCGCGCGAGCUUGAACGCGAAGAAGAGCGAGUGCGACAGGCGAUCCAAUCCAAGCAGGAAUCUGGCGACACCCACGAGGAUGCGCGCCCCUCUUUGACCGAAGGUGACAAGGAGAACGCAGAGGCUGGGCCCACGGAGGCUGUAGCUGCUGGUCGCAAGCGCAAGCAGAGGUGGGAUAUUGGCGCAGAUGACCAAGCUCCCUCUGAAGAGACGGCCAAGCCCAAGCGCUCUCGCUGGGACCAGGCACCUGCUGUCGGCGGGGCUCUCGAAGGCGAUGCUCCCAAGAAGCGCUCUCGUUGGGACCAGGCUCCGUCUGCCACACCGAUGGCCAAUGGAGGUCUCGCUACACCCGCUCCUCAGUCCCAGUCUGCCAUGCUACCUGCAAACUUCGGAAGCGACAUUCGCAACCUGCCUAUCAGCGAUGAGGAGCUAGACAUCCUGCUUCCCGGCGAAGAUGAUGGAUAUAAGAUCCUGCAGCCGCCUCCAGGCUACGAACCCACCCGCGUGGCACCUCACAAGAUGGUUGCUCCGGUCGAGCAAAGUGGCUUCAUGAUGCAAGACCCCGACCAGGUUCGUCUGGGAGGUAAGCCGAUGCCUGCCGAGAUUCCCGGCGUCGGAGAUCUGCAGUUCUUUAAGGCUGAAGAUAUGGCCUACUUUGGCAAGCUGACUGAUGGUUCCGACGAGAAUUCGCUGUCAGUUGAGCAACUCAAAGAGAGAAAGAUUAUGCGCCUGCUGCUGAAGAUCAAGAACGGCACACCGCCCAUGCGAAAGACCGCCCUUCGACAAAUAACAGACAAUGCGAGAAACUUUGGUCCUGGUCCUCUCUUUGACCAGAUCCUUCCCCUACUCAUGGAAAAGACUCUUGAAGAUCAGGAGCGUCAUUUGCUCGUCAAAGUCAUCGACCGCAUUCUCUACAAGCUUGAUGACCUCGUGCGACCGUAUGUGCACAAGAUUCUGGUUGUCAUCGAGCCUCUACUCAUCGACCAAGACUAUUAUGCCAGAGUUGAGGGUCGCGAGAUUAUCUCGAACCUUUCCAAGGCUGCCGGCCUGGCAACCAUGAUUAGCACUAUGCGACCCGAUAUUGACCACGUCGAUGAAUAUGUCCGCAACACCACUGCCAGAGCCUUUGCCGUUGUUGCUUCUGCUCUUGGCAUCCCCGCCCUCCUCCCAUUCCUCCGCGCCGUUUGUCGAAGCAAGAAGUCCUGGCAAGCGCGUCAUACUGGUGUCAAGAUUGUGCAGCAGAUUCCCAUAUUGAUGGGAUGUGCAGUUCUACCUCAUCUCAAGGGACUCGUUGACUGCAUCGGUCCCAACCUGAACGACGAGCAGACCAAGGUCCGAACAGUGACUAGUCUGGCUAUUGCUGCUCUUGCAGAGGCUUCGAACCCAUACGGUAUUGAAAGCUUCGACGAUAUUCUCAACCCUUUAUGGACGGGUGCUCGCAAGCAGAGAGGCAAGGGGUUGGCUGGCUUUCUCAAGGCUGUCGGGUUUAUUAUUCCCCUCAUGGACGAGGAAUAUGCCAACUACUAUACCAGUCAGAUCAUGGAGAUUCUUCUGAGAGAAUUUUCUUCGCCCGAUGAGGAGAUGAAGAAGGUCGUUCUCAAAGUCGUGUCUCAGUGCGCCGCCACCGAAGGCGUUACCGCCGGCUAUCUCAAGGAGCAUGUUCUUGAUGAGUUCUUCAAGAGCUUUUGGGUAAGGCGCAUGGCCCUCGACAAGCGCAACUAUCGCCAAGUUGUCGAAACAACUGUCGAUAUUGGCCAGAAGGUCGGAGUGAGCGAGAUUCUUGAGCGGAUCGUGAAUAACUUGAAGGAUGAGAGUGAAGCAUACAGGAAGAUGACCGUUGAGACUGUCGAAAAAAUUGUUGCCAGUCUGGGCGCCGCGGAUAUCGGAGAGCGACUUGAGGAGCGCUUGAUUGACGGCAUUCUGCAUGCGUUCCAGGAGCAGAGUGUUGAAGACAUUGUUAUGCUCAACGGCUUUGGCUCUGUCGUCAAUGCUCUCGGUACUCGAUGCAAGCCAUACUUGCCUCAGAUUGUCAGUACGAUUCUCUGGAGACUGAACAAUAAGUCGGCCACGGUCCGACAGCAGGCUGCUGAUCUCAUUUCACGCAUUGCCAUGGUUAUGCAACAGUGUGGUGAGGAUGCACUCAUGGGCAAACUCGGCAUUGUACUGUAUGAAUACCUCGGUGAGGAGUAUCCUGAGGUCUUGGGAUCAAUUCUUGGUGCUCUGCGUUCCAUCGUUACCGUUGUCGGUAUCACACAAAUGCAGCCCCCUAUUAAGGACUUGCUGCCUCGCCUGACCCCAAUUCUGCGAAACAGACACGAGAAGGUCCAAGAGAAUACAAUUGACCUUGUCGGACGUAUUGCGGAUCGUGGCCCUGAGAGUGUCAAUGCCCGAGAGUGGAUGCGAAUCUGCUUCGAGCUCCUGGACAUGCUCAAGGCGCACAAGAAGGGUAUUCGGCGAGCCGCAAACAACACCUUUGGUUUCAUUGCCAAAGCCAUUGGCCCCCAGGAUGUAUUGGCAACUCUGCUGAAUAACCUGAGGGUUCAGGAACGUCAAUCCCGUGUCAACACGGCUGUCGCCAUUGGUAUCGUCGCAGAGACCUGCGCGCCGUUUACAGUCCUGCCCGCUCUGAUGAAUGAAUAUCGAGUACCAGAGCUCAACGUGCAGAACGGUGUGCUCAAGUCUCUGUCGUUCUUGUUUGAAUAUAUCGGAGAGAUGGCCAAGGAUUACGUCUACGCCGUCACGCCACUUCUCGAAGACGCCCUGACGGAUCGUGACCAGGUGCAUCGUCAGACCGCCGCUGCCGUUGUCAAGCAUAUUGCCCUCGGCGUCAUGGGGCUUGGGUGCGAGGAUGCCAUGGUGCAUCUGCUGAACCUGCUGUACCCCAACUUGUUUGAGACCAGCCCGCACGUCAUUGACCGCAUCAUCGAGGCUAUUGAGGCCAUUCGCAUGGCUGCCGGCCCCGGUAUCGUGCUCAACUACGUCUGGGCGGGCCUGUUCCAUCCGGCUCGCAAGGUGCGCACGCCAUACUGGCGCCUGUACAAUGACGCCUAUGUCCAGGCCGCCGAUGCCAUGGUGCCAUACUAUCCAAACCUGGAAGAUGACAAGAUUGAUCGUCCUGAGCUUGCCAUCAUUCUAUAG